AUGGAUGCGUACUGCCGCUAUGUUAUGGCGGUGGAGGAGGCGCCUGUGCCACCCAGAGCGCUUGACACGGUUCUGCCGUCCCACCGCAGCGGUGUUGCGCGGGUCCGCGGGAUGAAGAAAGGCGCACUGCAUUCUGACAAGAGGACUGCGGCACUUUCCGCAGCGCCGUCGCUCUCGCCGUCACCGCCAGCUCCCGCUUCUUUCAAGAGAUUCAAGUGGGCGAAGCGUAUGGGGGUGAAGCGCCUCACAGGGGCAUCACUUGACUCAGCGUUGCCAGCGGGCGGCGAGAUCGCUCCCGCAUCUAGCGUGCAGGAGCAUUUCUCCGACGCGCUGACGACGGCGAUGCGACAGGCACUGCCGUCGUUGUUCGCCGACAAUGUAGAGUGCCUCCCACACGCGGAGCGCUGCGUAGUGCGAGUGAUUGACACAAAUGACUCCAACGCCCAGCUCGGGGGUGGCGAGACGGAGAGGAAACGUGUUUUUAAAGCGUCGCCCCGCAACGGUGGUGCUGUGCUGGUAGUGGAGCAGGAUCAACUGCUGAACAUGGAGCGGGCGCGCGUGGUACUCCCGCGCAGCGACCGUUGCAGGGAUGGCGUGGUAUGCCGCGUGACGCCGUCAAGCUGCGGCGCCGACGCUGCGAUGGAGGAGGAUGCUGCACUUGCCAAGUUUCCCACGAAGGACAGCGAUGAGGAGCCACCGCGACGGGUCCGCGGGACGAAGCGACAAACCUCAGGAAGGAUUGCAGCGCAAGCGAAGGAGAUGAAUCUUGCUCGUGAGGCGUGGACGUCAUCCUUCUACACGACAGCGAAUGCAUCCGAGGAGAUACCGCUGCAGGACCAGGUAGAGGUCUACCCUUCGGCCGGGGUAACUGUGAUGGAGGUCAACGCUUCGGCUUCUGCUUCUCCUUUACUGCGCCGCUCCAACAAGGCUGGAGGCGGCAACACCGUGGUAGCCAGUGGAGGUGAGUUUGUAGUUCCGGCAGACCGCAUGGAGCUCUGCUCCUUUGCCGAUAAGCGACCCGCAGCGCGCAAAGGCAACGGCCACGUUGCCCGCACCCAGCAGCCCCAGCGCGGUAAUACGAGAGCGGCACGGCCCACAAAGGCAGCCCCCCCAGGGGCACCGUGCAGCGAGCACUAA